GACUUCCCAAAAGUCUUUCUUCUGUUAAAGAUGGUUGCUUCGCACGGAUCUCGGGUUGUGAGAGUUAGAACCAAGAAAAAGGAAGUGAAAAGGAGCUCUGGAGGCGCGAGCACUGAGCACUUUCGUUAUUCUCCUUUUGCUGGAGUCGUUAUAGUUUUUUACACGUCACGGGGAAGUAGUUCUUCUGGGUUCCCUCAAACCCCCUUCGAAGGUUUUCUUUCUCCCGUGACUUAAUCAUAUGAUGGAUCUUGUUACACUUUACAUGCAUAACAAAUAUGUUCAGCUGAAGAAAGGAACCGAAGGCCAUUCAAGGUAGAAACAUGUGCAUUAGGGAUCCACUUUAGGUUAUGUGCUCAUUGGCCUAUAAAAUACCAGUAGAGGAUUUGGAAUACAGUCAUUAGAAAUCAUAAUGGCAUUGGAGCUCAUACCUAUAGGGACCCUCUUGGCUCUUGUAACAAACCAGGUCAUAAAGACAGCUCAAGCUGCAAAGGAUGUUAUUAUAGAGAAGGGCAGUUUCAAGGCUCUGUCUAAAUAUCUUUUUGAUAUUGAACCUGUCUUAAAGGAAUUGCAGAACCGGGAGUUGAACGAUUCUCAAGCUGCAAGGCAUGCUCUGGAAUUCCUUGAGCAAGAUGUUAAGAAGGCAAAUAACCUGGUGGAGAAGUACAAAAACCGAACCCGCUUUUACCUAUUGGUAAAUUGUAGGAAAAUAGUUAAGGAGGUACAGGAUGUCACAAGGGAAAUUGGAAAGUCUCUAAAUGCUUUGUCCCUUGCAAACACUGAAGUCCUUGCUGACAUAUCUGAAAAGUUGAACAUAUUACAAAAUGAGAUGCAAAGGGCAGAAUUCGAGGCUUCUCAAGGUCAGCUUCAAAUUGUUGAGAAGUUGGACAAGGGUCUACAAGAUGAGAAGAUUGACCAGGGCUUUGCAAAUGACAUACUUGAGGAGAUAGCAAGGGCAGUAGGCGUACCCAUAGAACCAUCAGAAAUAAGCAAGGAGCUUGCAAGCUUCAGACGAGAAAAAGAAGAAGCUGCAAACCAUAAAGAAAGGGCUGAAGCAUUCUUCCUGGGACAAGUUAUUGAGCUGCUCUCUCAAGCUGAUGCUGCAAAGGAUCAUGAAGAAAUCAAGAGGCAGUAUUUCCAGAGGAUUCAGACUAUACAAAGGUAUGAACAAUGGCAAGAAUACAUCCCACCAUUGAAAUCAUUCUAUUGCCCCAUAAAUUGCAAAACUGUGAUGGUUGAUCCAGUCAGCCUUUGCACGGGUACCACAUGUGAGAGAGCAGCUAUUGAGAACUGGUUUGGAAGUGGUGAGAGAACUGAUCCUGCAACAGGUGAAUUUCUUGAUGAUCUUUCUUUGAGGCCCAAUCUUCGAUUGAGACAGUCAAUAGAAGAGUGGCGAGAACUCAAUUAUUGCCUUAAGAUCCGAUCUGCCAGGACAAAGCUGCACUUAGGUAUGGAUUCUUCCGUGCAAGAGGCACUCAACCAAAUGCAAGACCUCAUCAAAGAGAAAUCAAUCAACAAAGACUGGAUUGCUAUUGAAGGACUUAUCGAGGAAACCAUGUCAAUUAUUGGAAGUUCACACAACAGAGAUGUGAAGAGAAGAAUUUUGAUUACAUUGAAGGCUCUAGUAGAAGGGCAUGCCACAAACAAGGUUAGAGUGAUUGAGUCCCAGGGAUUGGAGCUCAUUGUUCCAUGCUUAGGGCGUGACCCAAAUACAUCAAAGGCUGCAGUAGAACUGCUUUUUGAGUUGUUGCAAGACAGAUCUGGCUGGAAUACUUCUGUUUCCAGGAAACUCUCUCAACAAAGCAGUGCAAUUCUUUUCCUUGUUACACUUAUGAAAGGUUCAGUAGAAGAGUCGGCAGACAAAGCAGAAAAAAUCUUGUUGAAGCUGUGUGAUGAUGAUGAAGAUAACAUUAUUCGUGCUGCUAAGGCUGACUGGUUUAAGCCGCUUGUUAAUUUCCUAAUUCAAGGACCAGAGUCGUCAAGAAUAUCAAUGGCAAAAAAACUCAUGGAAAUGGAAUUGGUGGACUGGAAUAUAAAAAUCCUUGGUGAGGAAGGGGUGAUACCUCCGUUGCUCGAAAUGGUAACAGGAAAUCUUGAAUCUAAACAAUCAGCUCUGUCUGCAUUGGUCAAAUUGUCCAGUUGCCGUGAGAACAAAAGGCUGAUUGCAGCUUCUGGAGGGGUUUGCCUUGUUCUUGAACAAAUGUUCUCUUUCCAUGUACAUUCUAUCAUUGCUAGGUGUGCUGAGAUCCUUGAAAAACUGUCCUCCCGUGGUGAUGGAAUUGAGUUCCUUGUUGAUGAAAAUGGGGCCCAACUAAAUUUAGAGCAGAUUGUUUCCAACCUGUUAGCAUUUCAACAGAAUCCAAACUCAUCCAACACAGUGCGCAAGCCUGCCUUGCAAGCAUUGCUAGGUAUUUGUAAGUCUGGAGAAAGGUGUGUUGAAAAAGCAGUACUCAGUGCUAAUGGGGUUUCUGUCAUCCUUCCUUCACUAGAUGACCCUGAUCAGGAAAUCCGAGAAGUUGCCAUUAAUCUGUUAUUCCGCUUCUCCCAGAUUGAGCCACAGGAAAUUGGUGAGUUUCUUCUCAUGAAAAGGAGGCUGGAGACACUGGUAGGCUUUCUUGAGGAUGAUAGUAAACGUGAUGUGCAAAUGGCAGCAGCUGGGUUGUUGGCCAAUCUUCCCAAAUCUGAAACAGCACUUACGGAGAAGUUAAUUGAAUCAGAUGGGCUGCAAGCAAUCUUGAACAUCUUGAAAUCUGGGAGCAUGGAAGCAAAGGAGAAUGCACUUGGUGCACUCUUUAGGUUCACAGAUCCCACAAAUCUCGAGUCACAACGAUUGGUGGUUGAGUUGGGUGCCUACCCUUUUUUUCUGAGCUUUCUCAAAUAUGGUUCUGUAGUAGCCAAGGCAAGAGCUGUGGCCCUCAUUGGUAACCUGUCUUUGAGUAGUCCUAAACUAACUGUCAUGUCCGAACGGCCGAGCUGGUUGUGCUUCCAUCCAUCACGUGUACCCAUAUGUAGGGUGCAUGGAGGCACUUGCAGUGUGCAAACCUCAUUUUGUCUGUCGGAGGCCAAAGCUUUGCCUGAACUGGUAGAAAUCUUGCGGGAGAAGGUUCAUGAAACUGCCUAUGAAGUACUACCAACACUGUCUACAUUGGUUUGGGAAAGCUCAUGCCAUGGAGGUGCAAAUGUCUUGCAUGAGGCCAAUGCCAUCAAACCCAUACUGGAUGUUCUGAACUGGGGAAUGCCCUCCUUGAAGGAAGAGGCCCUGGGAGUCUUGGAAAAGGUAUUUGCAACAAAAGAACUGGCUGAGAUCUAUGAACCAAUUGCUAGGGUACCACUUGUUGGUAUGACAACUAGAAGUAUCAGUGAUGAUAGUCAGCUCGGGAGGAAGGCUGCUAGAGUCUUGGCACAACUGGAACGAUAUUCCAAAUCAUCAAUGCCAAUUGUUUGAAGGGGAAAGAAAUGUCCAAGAUGCUGCUUUGGAUCAACUUCAUUGUCAUUUAUCUAAGGCCUCGUCCCAAUUAUGUGGGGUCAGCUCAUGAAUCCUACUUUGCCAUUCCAUUCUGGUCAGUCCUUAAAAUCAUUUCUUACUACUCUGAUCCAUGUCCUUUUUGGUCUGCCUCUUUGGAUAACAGAGGAAAAUUUAUGUCAUCUCAUCUGAACCGACUCUGAAAAUUUCACAACUGGCCUAAUGUGCUCUUAUGGAUCAAGUCAUCACAGAUGCAAAGUAACAUUUGCUUUGUCUAUAUUGUCAAUUAUGAACCCUCCAAACAUGUGAAUUACAUUCUGUAUAGGAAGCCUUUGUAUUUGCGAUAUCUUUCUUUUUUUUCUUUCCCCAAAUUCAAAUGCGGGUCCUGAUCUUUGAUUAAAUACUCUGAAAAAAGGAAAUUUUGGUGAUAUGUUCCAUUAGUGAAUUCAUACAAGUAAGCAAAGGACUUUGAAGAUC